AUGAAAUCAAUAUAUUUUUUGGCAUUUUUGAAUUUUCUGAUUGAAGUCGAUUCGGGUGAGUAGGUUGAAUUUCGAGAGAUGGAAGACACAAAUAGUUUUGUCGAGGUAUAGCGAAGAAAACCCUAGAAUUAGGUUAAUCACCAAACGAUGUAAUGUUAGAACGCUAAAUUUUUGGUCCAAACUACGUAAUUUAUUUGAAUUCUAUAAGUUCCUAAUCUCAAUUUUCUCGUGGUGUCGGAAUCGAUACAUUUCGAAAAAUAGUUUAAUUCUUCGGAAAUCUAGUUCAGAAGUUUGCUUGCACAGUUAACUCAAAGAAUGUCUGAUUUAACCUUUCAUAUCUGAAAAAUCAAGAAACUGUAUUUCAGGAAUAAUUCAAAGAGAUACUUCAUACAAUUCUUUGGUUUUUUCAAACGGCGAAACUGAACUCGGAUGUGAAAGUGUAACUUGUUAUGGUCAAAAUGAAUGCCGAAUGGUGAAUACGACACUUUGUCUUACAAAAUCAACAAAUGGGGAAUGUGCAAAACAACCACUUUGUAUGCUAACUAUUUAA